UGACAAGCUUGUUAUAAAUGAUAAUUAAUAAAUUAAGUAAGUAAAAUCUUCAAAUAAUAUAAACUGACACCUGUGGUUGUUUUAUAAUCAGUGAUAGUUGUGUGACUCAAGUUACAGUUAUUUCUGAAUCUCUCCGCCUGGGAAAUAAUGAAUAAAUUUCAACUGUACAUUUGUCAGUUUGUGAUUCAACUCCUGACAAAUGUGAAUUGUGGUGAGUUAAUGUCAAACUUUCUGAACACUACAACAAACUUACGCUGUGCCUCACCUUUCAGGCGGUGGUCGACUAUAGGUUAUAUACAAUGUCAGAAGACUUGUAUCCGUUAUUCCGACUGUGGAGUUUUACGCUACAAGAAAUCUAGUCUGGAGUGUUACCUUUUCACAAGUGGAAACUGCUUGGAGUGUCAAGUUGAUGAUGAACAAAACAUCUACCUGCGGAGGACAGCGAUAUCGGAGGCUAUUGGUGGAAGCUGUCAUAGCUUUGGGUGUUCCACUUCAAAUGUCUGUGUCUUGAUGAAGAAUUCGGUGAGGAAAUGUCUUACGCAGACAGUUUCUUAUGUCGACGCCAGUCCUACCUUUAUAGACAUGGACGGGGUAAUUUUUUGGGUGUACCCCGUCCAUAUGGACUAUUUUGGUGCCAAGGAAUUCUGUGAGACAUUCCCAGGACGACUGGCCAUACUGAACACCAACGCAAAGAAGAAUGCACUAUAUUAUGAGGCGAGAAAACACGACGAAUCUGGGUUGUGGUAUGUCGGUGCAACCCGUAACGAGAAUGGAGACUUUCUAUGGGGUGAUGGCGAGGCUGCUCACGUUGACUUUGAGGACGAAGAUGGCAAUUGUGUUGUACUAUAUGGAACCGGACUUCACGACAUUGGUUGCAGAUACAAAAGAAAUUUAAUUUGUGAAGCAAUCUGAAUGUGACUGUAUGCAAGGGAUGAACAAAAGGCACACGAGACAUGCAUGGGAAAAUCUGGCAGAACUUGUGACAUUUACACAAAAAUCUGGUUUUUACUUUGAUGCAUCUCGCUGCCAUCACAUCGAUUCAA